AUGUGUCUACCCCCAGAGCUACGACAGCUGGUCUAUCUAGCCCUGCUAUCCGAGCCGACGUCCAUCCGACACAUCGUUUUCGAUGAGCACACUCGCACUCUCCGCUCACAAGUCUGCCUCGGUGUGACCGCGCCGGAUACCGACUACGUCGGCACUCAUCUUCAGUUGGAGGACGUCCGCCUUUCUCCCUUCAGGAAAGGGCAUAUCCCCUGCCAAGUCGGUGGUCCGAACAGGAACGGCUUGUUAGGCGCAUUACUAUGCUGCCGAAGAGUAUACGAAGAGUUCUCCCCUUUGCUCUACUCGGAAACGACCUUCAUGUUCCACGAGCUCCGCACUCUGCGGUAUUUCGUCGACACGAUUCCGCGCGGUAUGCUACCCGAGGUGUCAAAGCUCCUCCGUCUCAACUGGCAACUGCCUUACAUCGACUACGCGAUCGUCUCCCCCAAGGGAGUGUCGUCUGCGCUCGCUGAGUGGACGCAAACAUGGACGGGCCUGGCAAAAGUCCUUUCCAAUCUGAAUAGCGUGCGGGUGACGAUCCUGGUGGGUGACAGGCCGCUAUCUUUGGCAACGAAGACUAGACUUUUGAGAAGCUUGGAAAGACUCAGGUUGGUGGACGUGAUAGUGGAGCUGGUGUUGCCUUUACAGAGGUUUCGCUAUGGUGGCUAUUGGCCGUACUGGUCGACGCCGGAGGGUCUGCAGUUCAAGGUGGAGUACGUCCACGAGUGUGAAGGCUUGUUCGACUUUCCGGGAGCACAACUGCCUAUGGCUGCGGCAGAUUAG